AGUUGGACAACACAGGUAUUGGUUUUUUUCUGAUGAAAGAUUUGGAGUUGAGGGUAUGGGGGCACAUGGAGGGCAUCAGAUAAGGGAGGUUGCUGCCGUAUGUUUAUGUUAUCAAGAGGUUGUGCUUAGCUAAACUGAGGCGUUUGGAAGCUCUCUGAGUGUUUGCUGAGCUGGAUAUGCUCAUUACAGAGGGACUGAUGAGAGCGGCAGAGGGGGGAGGGGCAGCAGGUGAACGGUUUAGACUCAGAGGGAAGGUUUAAGGCCUUCGAGGGUCAAUGAACCCUCAAACCAUUAAAGAGAGGGGUCACGGUGCUCGGGGGUCAGUUGUGUUUGUACGUAUUUUUGACGGUCGUCCAGGGGAUCUCUAUUGAGGUACAGGCAAGAAGAAAGGGGGUCGUUGUAGGACCCCCAUGGUGCUGGGCCCAGUCCUUGUCAUUAAAUAAAUAAGCAACACAUUUGUUUUGGUGCAAUAAACUGAGAGUGUAUUGUCUGGUGUGUGUUUUUCUGAUGGGAUGCCAUGACUGUCCUGAUUUAUUUGUGUUGUGUGACAUCAAACACAGUCAGUUAGUGUAUGAUGUGCUGGGAAUAAAAUAGAUUUGUUUCUGUUAAACUCCUUCCUUUAGUCCUUUUAUUCAUCAUUAGAACAUUUUAGCUAUGAGAUCAAUUAUUAUUGUUAAUUAAAACCUUAAAAAAUGUUACUACCUCUGGAUAAUAAUCCAAUCAUAAAGGGAAUUGUUGCUAAUUUACGAAGCUAAUCUUUGGCAGCAGCUGCAUGGCAACAUGCAAGGAGCAGCAGUAGCUCAGGGGGAAGAGCAGGUUGUCCAGUAUCGGAAGGUUGCAGGUUCGAUCCCAGCUCCGACCAGAGAAUGCUGCUGCUGUGUCCUUGGGCAAGACACUUAACCCACCUUGCCUGCUGGUGGCGGUCAGAGGGACCGGUGGCAUCAGUGUUCGGCAAACCUCGCCACUGUCAAGUCGCCCCAGGACAGCUCUGGCUACAUCGUAGCUCAUCCCCAUCUGCGUGUGAACGUGUGUGUGAAUGAGUGAAUGACUGAUUGUGUUGUGAAGGGCUUUGGGGCGUUGUAGAACCGUAAAGGUUGGUUUAUGCUUGACGCGUCCGCGAGGUCCGCACGGCUCCGCACGGAAAAGUUGCGUCAUUUUGUGUCAUUUUAACAACCACACCCCUCCACCGCGCCUCCGCAUGGCCCAGAAUUUCCGCAACGCGCACCUCGGAAAAUUUCUAACCACGCGGACGGACGGACGUGGAAAAACAUGGCGGACCGGCAAGAACUAGUAUGGCAGAGGUUCGUAAAUACAGACAUUUGUAUGAUUCAGCUCUCAGAGAUCACCGUGAUCAACAUGUUAUAAAUAAUUCUUGGAGAGAAAUAGCUCGCACUGUCGAAAAAGACGAGAACGCUGUUAAAAAUGCUGAAAUGCCAUGUUGUAAACAGUCAUUUCUACUUCUACUAUGGUGUAGUGUUGGAUGCAUGCAGUAGAGCUCCAUGCUGCCCCCUACAGUUUGGGAGAAUAUUGGCUCACCGCAGAGACAAGCUGCACGAACCAUAAAGCUGCGAGUUGUGAAGCGCGUUCCAUCCGCGAGCCGCAUCACCGCGCGGAAAGUAAAUGCGUCAAGCAUAAACCAAGCUUUAGAAGGUGCUAUGCAAAUACAGGCCGGUUACCAUUUGCCAUGUUUUGUGAAAGCCUAAAUCCCAAAUAACUCGAAGAUUAAACUUGAAGCAAAUGCUUUAACACGUGUUUAUUAGCAGCUGCAGUCGGAGGUGUGUGUAAUCUGAUUCCAAGUGUUUUUAGUUUGGUGCCCUUGUGCUUGUAAAGGCAGUAAAACGGCUUUAUUCCAACCGUCUGGGUUGUUUGUUUUUACUGGUUCAAAGCCAAAAUGAACCCAAACAAGUGACUGGGAAACAUUGUGCUAAUUGGAAAAUGUAUAAUUGAGACAGAUUCUAUGUUUUUAUUUGACGUUUCAGCUUUAGUAGAAACACUUGCGUAGUUGUUGUCUGAAAACGUGUGUGUGUGUGUGUGAAUUUCAUGGAAGCUGUUUUGAAAUGUGUUUGUGUAAAAAAAAUAGAAAAAGAUGUUUGUGCAGCAUAUUAGAAAAUAAUCUAAACCGCUGUGAAUUUUUGAAGACAGACGCUGUUUUAGUGCAACACCAACACAAAGUGGCUUGUGCUGGUUUGGACUAUUGAAUUUGAUUGAAUUAGCAGGGUGUAUCGAUUCUAUUUCCCCAAACAGAGGCUGUUCUGGAAGAUAUCUAGAUUGGUAAGAUAGUAAUUAUUUUCAAAUUUACCUCAAAGUGAAUUUCAAAAUGUGUAUGAGUCAACACAAAGCGACACUUAAAUUAUGUUUAGAUUGCAUUUUCUUAAAAUUGAGGUCAUGAUGAGAAAAAAAUGGAAUGUUAAAUAACAACCAUAAUGAAAACAUUUCAGAUGGACUUCUGUUUUAGUCUGCUGGCUCCCUGCUGAGAGUUCUGCUGGUGUGUCCACCUGGUGGCGGCACCUGUGUGCAGCAGCCUAGCCCCAGGGCAGCUGUGGCUGCAUUGUAGCUCAUCACCAUCUGUGUGAAUGAGUGUGUGCAUGGGUGAAUACCUGGUUAGUUUGAAAGCGCUUUGGGGGGUUGAAGAACACUAGAGGGCACUAUAUAAAUACAGGCCAUUUUAAUGUGAGUUAAGAGCUAUGCUUGCUUCCUUGUUACGUCUUUUGAACCAGUUCAGCUUCCAAAUAGCCCAAACAUUGAAUUUUCUGUGCUGUAAAUACGGGAACAUUUUCACAUUAAUGAAACAGUCGGUAAUCAGUCAGACAGUAUUGAACGUGAUUGGCUUAACUGAUGAUCACUCAGCCUGAAACCCAAAAAUCGGACUCUGUGGGGACGGACUGUGAAUGCAGCGUGUCCAUGCAGCAGGAAGAAAAUGGACGAUAUCUUUAAGCUCACAGACUGCAUAGGUCUAAUUCCCGUUUGCAAUAACAGAUCAGAAAAGUUUUUACUUCCAGAAUCAUAACAGCAAAGUUAACAAGAAUUUGGAAGAAAAGAAAUGUAUAUUUUGGAAAUUCCUGUUCUUUAGAUGAGUCGGACUCAGCAAACAUCCUCUGCAGCAGGUCAGAGAGGAAUGAAGCCUGGUUUAUACUUUUCCAUCACCAGGUUUGCACUCACACACGUAUUGAUGGAGAGGUUUUCCUUUUAUACAUCUCCUUUGGUGCAUCAGUGUUGCAAAGCCUACCAUUGUAGUGCAUCUCUGGUCAACAAUUGUUUAUUUACUUGCAGAUAUUUUGAAGGAAGUGUGAAUUUUAAUAGAAAUUUUUUUAUUUUUAAGUUCAAAUCAGGAUUUGGCAUUGUUCAUUUUUUUGUUAAAGUGGCAGUGUGUAGUUUCCUGGCACCGGGGGAAGUACAUAUAGUAUAUUUCAGGGUAAUUUUACACUGUAUCAAUGUGUCUAUCGCUAGUUUAAUAGAAAUAUAUGGUAAGUGUUACCUGUGAAGCAUAAAGCAUGCAACCUCGGUGUGAAUCCUCAGACUUUGAUGUUCCAUCAGCUAAUUCCAUCGAGAGAAUGUGAUGCUAGUUUUCUGACGUUGUAGUUUUUCGGAUCUGCUUGGGGUCCUGCACCUGCCGAUGACUACAGUAAUACCACACGGACAAAAUAUUUUGCAUCUCUUUUUAGGGUCCCCCAGAGACUUGGACCUGCGCCCUAUGGACUUAAAACCCGAUUUUUUUAUGAUUAUAUGUUACAAAGCUGCCAAUAUUUUCCAAUGACUGAACGUCAUUUUAUUCAUUUUCAUCAAUAUUUCGAUGGAUAUUUUCAGAGAUUAAAGAUAAAAGCACACAUUUGCACUUUAAUAAAGUUUUUAAAAGGCUUGUAAACAUCGACAAUCCCCUCAAGGAGCAAUCGAUGACAGAGAGCGAGUUUUUAAUUGAGCUGGAGCUGCUUGGUCUCGAGGAAUGAAACCUUUAUUUUUUUACAAAUAAUUCAGCGAGAGCUGCUUUUGUCGGGCCGACCAGUCUCUGACGUCUGACGCUUAGUUAAAAACUGGUCUCUACUUACUCCACUGUCGGGGAGACCUUGUUUAGACAGAAAAUGGUGCUGUGGGUCUCCGCACUUCCACAGAUGGAGAAGUAUAAACCAGGCUUAAGAGCUGGAAAUUGGUAUUGGCUCCUCAAAUCCAUGAUCGGUGCAUCUGUAAAGAAAGUGUCUUUAAAAUAAAAAUUCCUAAAAAAAAAAUGUCAAAAUUGGAACAAUUUUUAUGUUGCUGUUCUUUUUUAUGUCUUCUGAUUCUGUCCAGCCCUCUUCUUAUCUACGACACAGUAAGCAGCGCGGUUUCUCUCUUUGGACGAGGAGCUUUUGUCUGACCCGACUCACCGCCCAUUGAUCAUCCACAUAACCCCCUCUUUCUCUUCCUAAGUGUGUGCCUGUGUGUGUGAUCUGUGGAGUUGUGCUCGGACAGCAGCAGUUCAGCCGCCUGCUGAGCGUGCAAGAGUAAAAUGUGUCACCUGCUAAGCACAAAAGAAUGUGUCAAAAGUUGAUUUUUUGGGGGGGCAGAAACUCUAAAAAAAAGUAAGAAAAUAAACAAAUAUAUGAAAGAAAAGACAAAAACAUACAGACAAAACUUCCAGCUCCUUGUAAUUUGCAACAAGAGAGAGGGAGGAGGAGUCAGGGGGAGGGGAAUACCCAGCAGGGAGGGAGCAUGAGAGAGCAGAGGCCAUUCACUUUGACACACACACACGCACACACACACAUGCAAACACUUGAACACUUCCAGACACACACACACAUAGUGGAUGCAGGAGAGAGGGAGGCAGAGCUGCAUUCUGAAAGAGAAACAGAGAUUUUCGGCAAACUGAAGAGAGUGAAAGAAAAGAGCCUGAGGAGAAAACUCAGCCUCAGUGCUCCUGUUCCUGGAUCUGGACUCCUCUUUAGCUCCUGAAUAAAAGGAGAUCCACAAUGACUUUGGGAUUUGGGGAAAUCUGAGGAAUAUCUGUUCUUCCUGCCUGUGUGGAAUUUUGGGAGAAACCUCUGGAUAUGCAUCCCUCUCUGGACGUCCAGCUUGAACUUACUCAUCAUCACUUUAAAAAAGUCUUUCAGUUUUGACACGUCAGUUGUAAAAGGGGCCAAGCCACAAUGCCCACUGACGAUUGCAGCUACCUGCCUGAUGUGCUGCCUCCUCUUCCCGAAGUCCCGGACUCCGGAUCGGUCCUGAGCUCCGUUGACAUCCCAGGCCGCUGCCUCCGUAACCCGGCCUUCCGCCACGCCUCGUCGCGCCACUGCUCCGCCAUCAGCAUGGACUCCUCUCCUGACAGUGUGGAUCGGCCCAUCAGCUACAGCUCCACAUCCUCCUCCGCCUCAUCCCGGGACAGCCACUGCUCCCUAGGCAGCAGGUCCACCCUCGUCUCGGCCCCCGUCACCUUGGAUCGUGACUCUGGGGCCAUUCGGCUGGAGCUGGUUCCAGCAAGGCAGCUGGGGUGUGAAGAGGAAGAUGACAGAAAGACUGGAAAAGAACAUUCAGAAACUGAGCAGAGUCUAGAUGGAGAAGAGAGGACGAGUCAGGGACCCAGGACGUAUGUGGACCGCGUGGUGCAGGAGAUACUAGACACAGAGAGAACAUAUGUCCAAGAUCUACGCAGCAUCGUAGAGGACUACAUGGAGUGCAUCAGUAACCAGUCUCGGCUGGCCCUGAGCUCCGAGGAUAAAGGUUCACUUUUUGGCAACAUCAGCGACAUCUACCACUUUAACAGGGAUCUUCUUCACGAUCUUGAGAAGUGCAAUGCAGACCCGGUGGCCAUUGCAGAGUGCUUUGUCUCCAAGAGUGAAGAGUUCCACAUCUACACCCAGUACUGCACCAACUACCCACGGUCAGUGGCUGUGCUCACCGAGUGCAUGACGAACAAGGCGUUGGCCAAGUUCUUCCGCGAACGCCAAGAAUCCCUGAGACACUCCUUACCUUUGGGCUCCUACCUGCUCAAGCCAGUGCAGCGGAUCCUGAAGUACCACCUCCUGUUGCAUGAGAUAGCCAACCACAUGGAGAAGGACACAGAAAUCUACGAGGUUGUGCAGGAAGCCAUCGACACCAUGCAGAGGGUGGCCUGGCACAUCAACGACAUGAAGAGGAAACACGAGCAUGCCGUCAGGCUGCAGGAAAUUCAGAGCCUCCUGACCAACUGGAAGGGCCCCGAUCUGAUCGGCUACGGAGAGCUGGUUCUUGAGGGAACGUUUCGUCUGCAGCGAGCCAAAAACGAAAGAACCCUCUUCCUGUUUGACAAGCUGCUGCUGAUUACCAAAAAACGAGAAGAAACCUACACAUACAAAGCUCACAUUCUGUGCUGCAACCUGAUGCUGGUGGAAAUCAUUCCAAAAGAGCCACUGAGUUUCAGCGUGUUUCACUACAAGAAUCCCAAACUGCAGCACACAGUCCAGGCCAAAUCCCAGCAAGAUAAGCGCAUGUGGAUCCUGCACCUUAAAAGACUCAUUCUAGAAAAUCAUCCUGCCAAAAUUCCUGCCAAGGCCAAACAAGCCAUUCUGGAGAUGGAUGCAAAACAUCAUCCUGGUUUUCACUACAGCGCCGAGAGCGACCAGAAGGACCCCCCUCACACCAAGGAGGGCCCGGUCCCCCGUAGAGGACGCAGAAAAGAUCCUCUUUCCAAAUUACUGAAGAAUGCAAAGCAGAAUGUCGCCAAUGCUGAUGGUGAAAAACGUACCAGUCUCGGCGUCAGCCUGCUGUCUCCAGUGUCCCAGCUGGCUCUGGGCACCGUAGGCCGGAGCCGGAGCCUGAUCAACCAAUCACAGGAGUCCCUGGAUCCUGGAGAUCACUAUGACCACAGCGACAGGGAGGAAGGAGAGGAGUCGCACCAGCAGGAUGCUGAUGAUGAGGAUGACAGUGGUCUGGGAGGUAAGAAGAGGCUACGAGUUCCUGGAAAAAGCAGCAGAAAAAGGUUGAAUCCUCAAGCGUCUGUUGACGGCAUAGAGCAGUGGAAAGCUUUCAACAUGAGCUCCUUGGACCUGCAGAAAGCCCGAGAAUCGCUAGUGAGGGACGGGAGUCACCACCCACCACUCCUCAGGACACCACAUGUAAUGGAGGAACCUCCAGACUCCCCCGUUCCCCCUGUAGUAGUCACAGAAACAGACCAAUCAGUGCAGAACAUUUGGGCAGACCACCGGGCUCGCAGAGCCAUGUUCCCCACCCGCCAGAGGACGAUGCAGCCCGACGACGAGGACGAGGACAUCUACCAAAUGUUCGUCCCCACAGAACCAAGCACACCAGAAAUUUUCUCUGAGAGGUCAGAGGCCACCUCGUCACCCAGAACGGCUCGACCCUGCAGCUGGCAUGUGGAGCAGGUGCCCACGGUGCAGGUUGACCCUCCACCUGAUGGCAGCAGAGUCCUGCGGAGGGCGAGCAGUGCAGGAGAGAACGCCACAGAGGCUCUAGGGAGUCCCAAAGAUGAUGACCGGGGUGGUCACAGCAACUUGGAAGUGAUUCACACCGAGUCAUCCAGCAAUGACAUGUCUGGUUCCUCCUCAGCCGAGCAGCUGACGAUGGAUGACGCAGAGAAUGUUUAUGAUAACAUCAGCUUCGAGGACCUGAGAAGCAUGAGUCUCAUCCGGAGGGACCCUGAUAAAAAACAGAUGCAGCAGGAGACGUCUUCAAAUACUCAGGGUUCCCAAGGGAGCGCAACAAAGGGAGGGAGUGCAGCAGAGUCAUUAAUCCAACCGGACAGUUCGUCUGAGAGCAACAGGUCCUCCAUGCAGGAGGUGAAGCCAUGUGAGAACGAUGAGCUCAAAAUAGUAGAGGAGAAUAUUUAUGACACGAUCUGCUUCAGGGAGCCACCAUCCACAAAGCUGAGGGGAAUUCACGAAGGCCAGGAACAAAAACAUGACAAACACAGUGUUCCGGCUUCAGAACAAGACCUGACUGAAAGUUUCAGAGGGUUUGUUUCAGAGGAGAGCCUCAAUUUUCUAAAGGAUGAAGGACCAGAGGCCUUUUGUCCUGCUCCACAAUCCUCUGAAAUGGAUCAUUCUUCCUCCGGUCCUGAAACCUUUAGCCAGAAGGGCAGAAGGAUGUCUGAGAGCGCCGAUGAGAUUUGGAGUGACUUUGAAAACUACAUCAAGAACAAUGAGAAGAAAGCCGAUCGACUUCCUGCUGCGUUCCCUGUCGGUGCCAACGAGUCACCUAAGAAGGUCUCUUCUGUCAAAAACAGCCCUAGGAAGAGCCCUCCGGUGGUUAGUCCUCAAACUGCCAGCCCUCCAGCACAACAUCCCAAAUCCCCACCUGUUGCCUCCACGCCGUCCUUCACUAUCCCAGUCAUCAACCUUCCAGAUUUCCAUGCUGAAAGCACCACUGACGAAGAAACCCACACCCCUUCUCCUGCCUCUCGCCCCCUACCCGUUACCCCAGAGCCCUCACCGGGCACAGUGAAGAGCAUCCGCAACAGACUAGCCCGACUCAGCAGCGGCAGCUUCCGACUGGAGGACGAUGACCUGGUGGAGCUUCCUCAGAGGAACGCCUCUCAGAGAGACGGCGUCGUCAGAGAUCUCCAUAGUUUGUUUCCAGGUGAGCUGGCAGGUCUGGACUCCCCCCUGGCAUCCUCCUCCCUUCUGCUGGGGGAGUCUGUGGACUUCUCCCUGGACCUGAUGGACAAAUCCAAGAGCCGUGUGUUCUUGAUGGCACGGCAGUAUAGCCAGAAGAUCAAGAAGGCUAACCAGCUGCUGCGGAUGAGGAGCAUGGAUCCUGGAGAUUCCUGCAGUCGGAGUAGAGCGGAGAAGAAACAGCUAGACCUUGCCGCCAUCUUGGAGGAGAAAAAGCAAGGUGGUGCAGCUAUAGGUGCAAGGAUAGCGGAAUACUCCCACCUGUAUGAUCAGGUGGUGUUUAAGGAUUCUCUCAGUUCCGCCAGUCAGACGUCUUCCACCCAGCACCACGCCCAUCGAGGGCUGCCAUCCUCCCAGUCGAUGACAGAAACCUCCCUGGAGGAGGACUGGCUUCACUCCACCUACAGCAACGGAGAGCUGGCGAGCUUCAUGUCCUCAUCCGGUCAGGCUCAAACGUCUGCCGCCUCACAGCACAGACUUACACACACUUGCUCUAUCCCUUCCCUCAAGUCCCCUCAGUCCCCCAGUGGUCCAUCAUCACUGAGGUGGAGCUCCUGCAUCUCAGCUCCGAGUGAGGAGGAAGAGCAUGUGUACAGCACCAUAAAGAGACAUCCUUCCUUUAACGAUCCUUCCUCAAAGUCUUCCCCGUCCAGUCAGUGCCAGUCAGCCAGUUCUCUCGGCAGUCCCCAGCAGGAAAACCACCACCAGUCUGAGGUCAAGAGUCCAGGAACCUCUGACAGACUUUGCAGCUCCAGUUUGGGUCGCUCUGGUCGACAGAGCAGCCUCCCAGAACGAUCCACGCUGGGAGAGUCCGACCUAACUUUACACGAUGGCCAACAGAUCGUGGUUCUGAACCGGGCUUCGGCUCUGAGCAUCCUCAACGCCACCCAGAACUACCUGGCCAACUUCAAGGACAAUGGGGAAGACGACGAUGACUACGUAGAGAUCCGCUCCGACGAUGAGAACGAAGCGGUGCGGGACAGGUUGGAGCAGGGGAACGGCAACCCGGCGGUCCCUCCCGCUCAGAAUCGGGCUCUUGUUCAGUCUCGGAGCCUGCCGUGCACCCCGGCCCGCUCCUGCAACCCCAUUAGGCCUCUGGACCACGAGCAACUAGAAAAGUACCUUUGGAGUGAGCAGCAGCAGAGCCAACCCACCAUCGUUCAGUCUCUGAGAGAGAAGUUUCAGUGUCUGAGCUCCAGUAGCUUCGCAUGAGAGCCGAGAGCCAAAUACGAGUUGAUAAACACCAAAUAGCACCAACAGGGACCGAGCUGCUUCGCCUUCAACGCUCCACUUCCACACGGCUACAGCAGAAUUAAUAAAGAUCAAAUAUAACACGUCUAUUUUAAGUUUUUUACUGCAGCCAUACCAUUAGUGUCAUAGAACUCGCGUGUGUCAAGAGCAUCAAAGCCUGAAUAUGAGCACUUCCAGAGUUUUGGUGAGAGUUGCUUUUUAGUGUGACUGAAACUAGUUUAAACUUGAAUGGAUUUUUUAACUCGGAAAUCGUCUGAGCCUUUUAAAAACUUUAUUCAUUUGAAUUCAUUCUAUUGCACACAUGCAGCUGUUCAGAACGCGUGUCAUCGAUUGAUCUACAAGGAUCCUUCUGCUUCAGGACCUCUACAUAGUUCCUCUUCGGUCAAGCUCAGAUUAUUAAAGUUGGCUUCAGUAGACGGGUCGUGAACAUCUAGCAUCUCACCUGCUGUUUUUGUACCUCUUUGAAUGAACUGUUCUUGAACAUGUGACUUUAUUUCUGAUGGUCAAAGGGGUGGAACACUGAGAAAACAUCUUUUAAUGGUUAUUUCCGAUUAUAAUCGGUCACUCAGAGUUUUCAUGCAGGCUGAACAUGAAAAUAGUCUCCUGCAUUAGCUUCUGAUAGAACAUAGACAGUGAAACUUGAUUAGAAAAUCCUUACAGAGCUACGUCAACGUCACUAAUAAUUCAUGGACUCACCCAUCUUCACUCGUGACGGGAAAGAACAGUGGAAAAUGUCUUCGCUAGCAGAAGCUAACCGUUAGCAUUAGCAACUCAACCACAUGGCAGAAGCUCCUCCAGGCUUGUGUUAUUUGUGGAGGUAAAGUAUCUAUGUCGCAGAGCAAACAGGGACAGUGGUAGAGUCGCCUUGCUGUUAUCCAAUCCGAGCGAGAUGUCCAAAUAUCAGGAAAGACUCCAGAUCCUGCCGUGUUGAGCUCUACUCUAAUACGACAUUCUGCUAAUUCCUGAAACAACCGCAUCUGAGCUUUUAUCCCCCCCACCCAAGUAUGAAUUGCAAGGCAUUCAGUCCUUCCAGAGACCACUGCAAAACACGUUUGAAAGUUAGAGGCUAAUCUGAGCUGGGCCAAGUUCAAACGAGGACUACUAACAUCCUAAAACAACUUGAAUCUCUGACAAUUUUAGACAUUUAGUUAAAAUCAAUUUGAUUUAACUAUGACAUUGCAUCAUCAUUUAGACAAAUGUUGUAUGACAACUAAAAGAACCCUUCUACUGAGCAGCAGCUAGCGGUAGCGCAAGAUGUGCUCUGCUAGCUGCAGCUGCAUCUACAAAUAACCGUGGAUAUGCAUGCGUGUUUGAGGGUGCACUUAAGACAGUUAGUGACACUUCUAAUGGACAAGUCUUUAAAGUGUGCAAACAAUAACUGUAAAACUGUAUUAAGCCUGGUUCAUGCUUCUCCGUCAGCUCCGCAAGGGACAGACACGCACGGAUUGACGGAAGCGUUUUGCUCUCAUACUUCUCCGUCUCCUGGGGAGUGUUGCAAAGCAAUUCCCCGGCAGGACAACAGAGGGCGUAGCGCUGUUCUGUGGUAUCCUGUCAUGUAUCCGGUCCAAGAUAAUGUGUUUAUAUUGUGUUUUUUGUGUAUAUAAGAGACUUUUUAACACGGACACAUUUGUCUCUCAUCCUCCUCCACCUCUUCAUGCGCUCGCCACCUCUAAACCCACGUUUCCUGUCAUUUCCGUCCACAAAUAAAAUGCUUGCUGCGCAUCUUUUCACUCCUCCAGUCACGGGGAAUUAAACGUUCGUGUUUUUAGAGUUUUUUCGCGAGGUGUUCUUCAAGCUGCUCCGUGUCUGCCGCUAGUUAUCCUCGGCUCUCUUUAUGUUUUUGAGGGCGCAAUGGCGGAGGUGUAGAUGACAGCGGUGCCCUGACCAAUCACAAGCUUGCAUUCUCCGUCUCGACGGGUGGAUGUUUAGAAAAGAGAGCUCGACUCCGUGCGUCCCUGCGGAGCUCUCCAGCAGGCCCGCAAGGAUGGAUAAUGGCGUUGCGUGUCUCCACACUGACGCAGACGGAGAAGCAUGAAUCAGGCUUUAGUCAGAGUUGUUUUAGGAUUGCAGAUGAUGUUAGCAUGUUAAUCUGGUUAAAAUCAAACGCCAUUUCUCCAAACUGAGGUUGUUUAAAUAGCUAUUUAUCCACGACAGGUGAUUGUUUAAUUCCUUCCCACAAAAAUCUUCUUUUAAAAGGUCUGACCAUAGUCAUGGCUUGUGUUUUUAAUUACUCUAACAUGUUCAAGCAAUUGUAAACAAACAGCUUUACAGAUUCACACCUGAAAAUCUCUGCUGCCCGGGCUUGUACGUCUCUUUUAGGAGCUUUUAAUGAAAAAGAUGCAGGUAUAAAGGAACUAUUUUGGCUGUAAUAAUCAUUAGGUUACGUGUUUAAAUAAACAUUGACUUUUAUGUCUAUUCUAAGAUUUUAAAUUAUCACUUUCUCCUGUCUUAUUUUUCGCCGUCAGCGGGGUGUACUGCUUUAGAAAAAUUAAGAGAAAAUUCAGAUUUUUUAGAUUCUGUAUAAGAAAUAAUGAGAAAUCUUAUUUAUUUCCACCCUGCGACCAUCUGUAAGAUAGGCUGCAAUAGUUUGUGGGCAAAAUAUGCAUCUCAACAUGAAAAUUAUUUGUUCUUAGUGUUGCUAGCUUUGACUUUUAUUUUGAAGGGGGACCACAAAAAGGAGUCAGUUUAUAGAACAGUACUGUAUUUUCCAUAAUAGGACACUGUUACACUACUGAUAUUACAUCCUCACUCACAGAGCAUGCCCAGUCUUUAUCACACACACGCCUGAUCCUUAAACACGUUUUUGGGUCUUAAUAAUACCUUUCCAUAAUUACUAUGAGCCGCAAAUUGGUUGGAAAAGUAGACGUAUUUAUGAAAAUUUUAAUGUUUAAAUUUUAAGCACUCACACAAAAUCUGAAUCAAAUACUGUGAAUAAUAUUUAGGAAAACUGUAGCUUUUCUGUCACACAAUACUUAAUUCUUAAACAAUGACUCACAGAAAUACAAGAAAAACUUUGCAACAUUAUUUCAGGAAAUUUGCAUCAAACAAAACAAAAAUACGAAGUAUGUAUUUUUUUGUACUUUUUUGAUUUUGGUGGGGAUUUGUUAUUUUUUUGCACUUUUUUGUUUUACAUUUUAUUUGUAAACAUUUUGUAAAGAUGUACAUUUUAGAAGAGUUAUUCUUGUAUGCCAUAGAUAUGCUUUAUAAUGCUUUGACGUUUAAGUUAAGUGUUCAGUAUUUUUGUAAUUGGCUAGUUGUCAAUGCUCUACAAAAUGUUGUAUUGGAGGUAAUAAAACUGAACAAAUCUC